AUAUGUGCUCAAGAAGAAAGACAAAGUGCAAUGCGCGGGUCGCAGAGCCUGUGGCUGUCGCCCGGCGCUGCGCAAAAAUUGUGAGAUUCGUGCGGUCCCUUCGUCAUGUCAAUGUCGGACCGCAGUAGAAGACACGUAGAAAGCGAGUCCGAGUACGAGUCUUCGGAAUUGACCGAUGAGUGGGUUCGGAGCAGCGAUGGCGGUGUCCCUCGUCAUGCCAUGGUUGGAGGCCAGAACCUGCACGGAGAGCCUUUCUACAUAGCCCGAGUAAAUUUCCGGGGAAAUCUCCUUCCAGGCAAACUACUGCCUUCGGCACGUCUGUGCUUUGUCUCCUUGGACCAGGCAGAGUACUCGAGCAGCGUGUACGAGGUGCUCACACGGUCCUCAAAUCUCAGCUACCACUGGGUUCGAAUGGGAGGAUGCGUGAUUCCGCGCAACGCCAUCGUCGGUGGCAGGACUGCGAUGGGAGAGCUCAUCUACGUCGGCCGCCACAUGCACAAGGGUGAACUUACUCCCGGAAAGAUAAUUCCGUCUCAUCGCUGCAUCUACGUCCCUUAUCUCGGUAAAGAGAUACGGUACAGGGACUUUGAAGUUCUCAUUCAGGGAGAAUAUCCCUUCUUUGACGUACCCAAGAGGGAGUGCCCAAUAGCAAACAAGAAGGAUUCUCCAGCCGGAAGCUCGAGGCGAGUGUAAACUCCUCGUCAGCAGGAAAUAACAGCGCCUGCGUCUGUUUGUGCUAAGCUUCUCUUGGCAUGCUCUUCACGACGGUGUCCUUGCAAAUACUCGAAACUUCCGCUAACAAAAGGCUUGAGGCAUUUGGUGUCGGUAGUGCGAGUGUGCUAGAAAUGACGCUCUACCAAAAGGCUGUUGGACUCUCAACUAGUGCGAGGCGGAUUUUUUAUGUUAUCAUGUUAUAUUAUUAAAUUGACCAUGGUGGUUUA